AUACAACCAAACCUUUCUUAUUAUUUCAUCCUCCUCCUCCACAGCAACUGUCCUCUCAUCUCUCUCUCUUCUCUUUCUCUUUCUCUCGUACAGAUUUCUCUGAAGCUUUGUGUGUUUCGAAGAUGGGGGCACUUGACCAUCUUUUGGACUUGUUUGAAAUCACACCUAAAAGGAAGAAGAGAAAGCCGAUGCAGACGGUUGAAAUCAAGGUGAAAAUGGACUGUGAUGGCUGUGAAAGAAGAGUUAGAAAUGCUGUUUCCUCCAUUAAAGGAGCGAAAAGCAUAGAUGUGAACAGGAAGCAAAGCCGAGUAACAGUGACGGGAUACGUGGAGCCGAACAAGGUGUUAAAGAAAGUGAAGAGCACCGGCAAGAGAGCCGAAUUUUGGCCGUACGUGCCUUAUAAUUUGGUGGCGUAUCCAUAUGUGGCGCAGGCGUACGACAAGAAGGCGCCGUCGGGUUUUGUUAAAAACGUUGCUCAAGCUCUUCCCAGCCCGAAUGCCACCGACGAGCGGCUCACUACUCUCUUCAGCGAUGAAAAUCCUCAUGCAUGUGCCAUCAUGUAGAGAAGAUGACUUCAAAAAGUGGGAAUUUUGCACAACUUUUUCUAGUGUAGGACGUGUUUGUCUUUUGUUGUGAUGUAUUUAGGUAUUUAUAGUUGUAUUAUCGUUCGAAACUUAUGUAUAUUAUACAUAGGGAGGCUUGAUGAGUGCUGCUCAGCUUGAAUCUAUAUUCGGAUUGAGAGACUUUGUAUGGGGGGAAAUCAAUUAAUAUAGGUUUUGUCAUUUGUUGUGGUGUAUUUUAUGACAUAAUAAUAAUAAGCAAUACUAUGCAUAUUUACCUUGAA